UUCAUUUUAAAAGCAGCUUCUGGAAGAACAUGUUACAUUUGGUGAAGGGUGUUGUUUUAUCGAUUGCCGUCGUGACAAUUGCAAAUAGGGUUUGCGCCAAUGAAGGAGAUACAAUUUUUGGAGCAGUGCAAAUAGGUGCCAAAAUAAUCCAUGAAGAGCACAUUGUGGAGCCUAAGAAGUUUCUGCGAGUGGUCACAAGAAAAUUUAUUCUUAACCCUCAGCCCCGACCAAUCAGUGCAAUUGUAAUCUUUGACAACAGUCCAACUAAAGGUGGACAUGCUUAUUUGCUCGAGGGAGGGCCUCCCGCAAACUUUGCGGUGAUCGAGUUCAAAUCAAAACGUAACCAGGGACUUGACUUUACAUUGACUAUAUACGACACUCCGUCAUCUUGCACUAGAUGUCUUACAUUUGGGUAAUAAUAUAGAUCAUUCAGUGAUCAAAAAUGCAAUUUAAUGCAAGCUAAAAAUUAAAUAAACUUAUUCAGUAAAAAUUA